GAUGUCUGCUUGAGAUUCCUAAAAUAUUGAAUGAAACUUCGUUCAGUUCUUCAUUGUUUACAUCACUCAAAGCUAACAAUAAAUACUUCAUAUACAAACAUAAGUAUUUCAUCGAAAAAUCCGAAGAAAUUUAAGUUAAUAAGUAAACUAAUUAAGACGGAAACCUCAAGGGACAUCAUUCGUAUAAUAUCUUUUGUGGUGUUUCAAAGAAAUGGCGGCCAGCCUUAUUCACAAGUUGGCCGCAAGAGAGGUAAAUGGAAGCUUUCAGUCAUCCAAAAGAAAACUGCCAUGGAAGCUAUUUACAAAAAUUCCAGGCCGCAUGUGCUAUAGACUAAAGUCCUUGGUCCCAGCUGCUAUCUUGGAAGAAGGUCACAUCUUCCUGGGAUUCAGCAAGUCUGGUCACUUUGUUCUGUCCUACUCUUUGUACUUCGACACAGAGGAACAUACUGCUUAUCCCUUCUAUGUGUACAAGCUACAGUGGUGGCUUUUUAUUCCAAAUAAACCUCUACAACUGAUUUCAGAAGUAAGGUUGUUUGGAGAAGAAGAAAUUACACAAGACCUAUUUAUAGCUUACUGUGAGUGGCCACAAGAUUGUGAUAAGAUCAUCAUCUAUGGUCACAGUGUACCUGGUGCACGUGAUGACACUUGUCAGUGCUUCUUGACGGUAACAGCAGUGCCUUCUGUUGGACAGUGCCAUGAUUGUCAUAAUCUAGGAAGAAGAGCCCCAACCUUUGGACCAAUUAUUCAGCAGUGUCUUCUUCACAGCUACUGUGUACAUACAAAAUUUGACCUGGCACCUCCAUUCCCUUUCUUUUCUCCUCGUGUUCAGCUACGUGUAGAUGGUAUUGUUGUUCUCAAUACAGGCGAUUCACUUGUAGCAUUACAAGUUGACACCCAGUUACCAAUUCAAAGUUUUGAUGAUGCGGGACGUCUUUCCUCUAAAGUUUCACACAGUAGAGGAGCAAAUUCCGAAGGAAGAAGUACAAGAACUUUUCUUGGUGCUGAUCUAUCUAUUCUAGGCACAGUGACCACAUACUAUACACAGGAAAGCUCUGAUGAACGAUUGCCUGAAAACUCAAAUCAGAAACGUCGUCGUGCCUCAGGAUCUUCUGUGUGUGAAAUUGCUGCAGUUACUAGUGAUGAGGAGGAAGAAAAUUUUUACUCCCCAGAUUUUUCAGAAAAUAGUGACAAUGACCAGGCAGAGUUAGGAAAGUGUGGAGGAGAAGAGAAAGUUCGAGUUUGUGAAAAGUGCAAAAGUCCAUUAAAAGGCAGUGCUCAGUGCUGUUGUUCGUUAUUAGUAGUGAGUGGACACAGGCCUGCUCUGCGAACCAAAAACGAAGGCAAUGCUAACAAUUCUGAAAAUGUGAAAAAUGGUAACAGUGGCAAUGCUCACUAUGUGUCUAGUCAUGAGUGCCUAUCUCCCAAGUCACCCAAGUCACCCAAGAGCUCCUCAGGGUACCAAGACAAUGUCCGCAGUCCUCACAAUGUGUGCCAGCUCGGAAGCACUGGUGGAGGAGACAAGGGACCCAGUCAAGCACAAACUUCAGACAGAGACAUUCUGCCUCACUGCCAUAGCACAUCCAAUAAUAGUCUUCAGUCACCUCCUGCUACAGUUAUCCACAGUCCAACAUUUGAGGUUUGUGGGACUAAGAACUUGCCUGGUGAGGUGGAAGAGCCAGUUGGCUGCUCCAGUUCUUGUUUAUCUUCUUCUCAGCGUUCAUUCUUUUCUUCUACUAGCAGCAGUGGAGAUAGUGUUUCUCGAUCCCAAAGUUCUGAGAGUGUUAUCGUGCACACAAACUAUGCCCGGACAGUAACGUUUUCAGUACGACGCUUUGCUUUGGGUGGUGAGGAGUUGGUAGAUUCUCCGCAGCCAGCAGAAGAUGAAUAUGACCUCGCAUACCGUAGUAUUCUACCAGUUCAAGUAGUGUGGAACAAGAAACCACUGAGUAUUAUCCGAACAAUCAAAGCUGACAUGUCACUGAUCACAGUCCUACAGAUGACAUUUGACAUCGAGCAUUACAUGGUUGAAGCUAUCCACAGUGAAGCAGAUUGGGGCCAGCGCUAUGUGGCCUUCUGCAACUAUGAUCUUCAAAUACUAGAUGUGUGUCCUGCAAGUCGCAGUGUUUAUGGCACAGUGUAUGCUUUGAUCCAAGCUAAAGAGACUAUGGAUUCAAGGAAUAAAAUGAGGGCUACAAUUAAACUGUACCAGACAAGCUUUACUUUUGAGCUCAGUUUGUGCACAGGUUUGUACUCUACUUUGCAUAUUGAAGACCUGACAGAGGCUGAUGAGCAACUUUUGAGGGGACGAGAAUGGAAACCAGGUAGUCGGGAGUGCUGCCUCCUGAGACGAAAAGUUGCUGUACCUCCUUCUUUCUUUCGAAGUGUGCAUGUGCUGUCAAAUGAAGCAGUCUUCAAAGGUCAAUCACUUUCUCUCCUAGUGGCUCCAUAUCAAUACACUGCCAUCAUGUUGUGAAGUUUAAAGGUUUAUAUCUGGAUAGUGAGUGGCAGUGUGAAAACCUCAGCAUAAGCUUUGCUGAUUCCCAAGCAAAAAGAGAGUUGUUUGCUUGGAUCUUAAAUGACUGGUUGAAGGCCAUUGUUUGAGACUAGAAUUCUGUCAUCCAUUAUUUUAGUUUACAGCAUAGUAUAAAAGCAGUAAUAUGACACUUAUCCUGGAAAGUAAGAUUACAACAUAUUGCCAUAAAGGUUUUACAAUAAAGGUAGUUCUCACAUUUGAUGCUACACUAAAAAAAACAAAAAAAACAAGAAAAACAAAUGUGUCUCAGUUUAUCUUGUCAGUACUGUUAUGAAAAAAAUAUGCAUUCCUCUCGCAUUUUAUUUCAGAUUUUUUUUUUUAAAUUAUGGCUUGAGGAAGCGUUUGAAUAUCACUGUCCUCAGGCCUUAAAUCUAUAAAACAUCUUCCAAAUGCUCCUAGUAGUAGCAUUUAAUAAAAAAAAUGAAUAUGUUUUUUAAUGUAUACUGUCAUAUGUAAGCAGCUAAAUUGACAAAAACUUAUUCUGACAAAGAACAUUUCAGAUCAAGCUCUUAUACUCAGCAUGUGACAGAGAUGGUGUGUUUGCAAGUGUGGAGAAAGUAAGAAAGGUUGAUUUCCUUCAUCUUUUUAUGAAAAUAUCGACUACCAGGAAUUAUGUUUUCUGUGAAUGCCUGUGUCAUGUGACAUCCAGUUAGUAUGUGCUUUUCUGCUGUGUAUUUGUAUCCACACUAGUUUUCACAGUGGUAGUUUUACUGAAAUGAGGAAUUAAAUUAGUCUUAAGAGUGGAAAAUGUUCUCUUUCUGGCAGUUGUAAAUCACCCAGUUCAUUUCAAAACUAUUACAAAAAUAAGAGUUAACAGUCUAAAAUGAAUGAGUUUAAUCUGCUGUUUCCUAUAGCACAGAAUUAUGAUUCUAUUUACAAGGUCCCAUUGUCCUGUUCCUCUCUGGACGGAGGAGGAAAACAUUCCAGAUGCAUUUUAUUAUCCUGAAAAAUUGGCUAUAUUGUCUUCAGGAACAGUGCUUUAUGAUGAAAGAGUAUAUAACAAUUUUUGUAAGCAUAGAGCAAGUAAAUGCAUGACAUGAUGUUUUCAGAGAGCAAACAUGGCAAUAGGUUUUAUACAGAGUCUACAGUCUUCUGUUUUACUGAGAAAUGUCUAUGGCUGAGUUUGUUUUAUUCUUAUGAUCUUAAUCCAAGCUGUAGAACACAACCAGAUCAGAAGAUAGGUUUGUGAGUAAAAGCACAACAACAAAAAAUGACAUGCUGUAAUGUUUUACUCCCCCCACUAGUCCAGUCACAUAGUAAUGCAUAACAACAAAUCAUUUCUUCCUCGUCAUAUAUUCUUAUUCAAGACCAUAGUAUUUAAAAGUAUGUAGUUAUACCUUGGUGUGUGUGUGCAUGUGGACACAUCUAAAUUUCCACAUUUCACAAGACAUAACAUGUUUUAACAUGUUUAGCACUUCUUUGUCUGAGCACUUCAAUUUCCAUGAAUAACCUAUGUUAUGAAUCAUCAAUCUCAUUCCACUUAAGCAGACAUAUAGAAAAAAAAUGAGCAUGGGAUGCUUUUCCAUUUUUGUUUAUUUGAAGAUAGUCAUCAGCAUAUUGGUUUAACACAAAGCUAGACUGCUACAGCAUUUUGAAAAUUUAUCUGCUGAUGAUUACAUUGCAAUUUGGCUGGUUUUUAAAGAAUUAGGAUUAUUUGUCCAUUUUCUGUUACAUCUUCAGGUCUUUUAAUAUUAGUUUCAUUUGGUUAAGAACAUUUCAAACAAAAGGUGUUUUUCACAGGUGAUUUUUAUUUUGCCUGGAAGUUCAGUUUGAACUACUACAGUGUUGCUGAACAUCAUGUACAACAAUAAGCAUUAUGGUCUACUCUUAACAUGAUGGAUUUUUUUGUUGUUGUUGUUGUUGUAGAUGCAAAAAAUUGUAUCGGAUGGCUCAUGAUCUUGCCAUCAUCACUGAUCAGUAGGUUGAAUGUCUUCUGAUUUAAAUUACAUUGACAGUUUAGAAGACUGGAAUAAUACUAAGAAAUCAUUCAGUUAGCCUCCCUUAAAAAGAAAAAUAACAGAAGAUGAUGUGAAUUUUUGGCUUUGUUUUAUGAUGGGUUAGGGUUAGUUUGUUUUAUGAUGUUAUACAUAUUGAGGUCCUUUUUUAAAUGACUGAUGUGGUUUCUUGACAAGCCCUUACCACUUAGCAGGUCCUUCUGGAAAUUGUUUUUAAAGACGUACCAAAGUUCUUAUUUAUAUAUUUCUUAGAGUGUUAAAGUCAUUAGACUUUAAAUAAUUUCAGUAUAUCUUGUUGGCUUCUAAAUUUAGGUGCUACCUGCGUUAAACAGUCAUGGAAGAAAACCUGUUGCACACAUCUUUAUUUACAUAGUUGCUGCAUUUUUUUUGUAAUUUGACAUUUAAUUUAGAUUUUUUUAAUGUAGAUAAUAUGGUUUGAAUUCCAGCCUAUUACUGUUUAAUCUCAUCUGCCUGGACUAGUGAAAGUUGGUCAGGUUAUUUAAAUUUGCUCAGCCUUGCAACCUUAGCUGUGCUUGCAUUGUGCCUUGAAGUAAUUUAGUAGAGGUACAGAUGCGAAAUUAAAGAUACAAAAGAUCUUAUUUUAUUUAAUUGUUAAAGCAUUUUUAUGCAUUUCAGUUCUCUAAUUAGUUGAAGAAUACAUUUAUAGGUUUUGCUGGGUUACUUUUUUUCUUUUCUUUUUUUUAUUUGCAGGCUGUGAUGUUCCGUUAUUUUAUAUCAAAUGGAAUAUCUUUGUGACGUAUCAGCUGAUUGUUCUUUGCCAAUGUUAGCACAAACAACUUCAAGAUAUAUAUAUAAAAGAUAUUGUGUUGAUUUUCUUUUAUUUGUUUUUGUUACAAUUGAUGGUAAUGUUUCCAAUUUAGAUAAUUAAUAAUUAGCUGAAUCAACUCUCAGUUCUAUUUUUGUUAAUAUAUCAAAGUUCUUGUCCUGUUUAAGGCUAAUUUGCAGUAAGCCUUUAAAUGUCUUUCGUAGUCUUAGAGGUGAUAAAGAUGAUGAUAAAAAUAUUACUGAUUUGAUGAUUAUUAUUUUAUUACUAUUGAAGAUGUUUAAAUUAUACUUUUAUGAAAAUCAUUAGGCCAGGAAUGCUUCUUUCUCAAGAAUUUAGGAAUGCAUAAGAAGAUGAAUGUAGAUCAAAAUGAGAAAAUAAGCGAGAUGGAAAUUGGGUGGAACUAGCUGGUUGAAAGUAUAGACUUAUUUCCUGAAUAAGUGUGUUCCACUCCUAGGUCUCAAAAAUUUGCAAAAGCUGACAGCUAAUCAAUAAUAAUUUACCAGUUAACUGAUAACCAAGUUGAAAUGCUCUCACUUCACCUAUCCAGAACUGACAUUUUCAUCACUUAUCUUCUUAACCCCAGAGUUUAAUUUUAAAAGUAUUAAGUGGUGUUAAAAAAAUGUCCCAAUACACAUCUCAGCAUCAUUAGAUAAAAAUCUUAGUUAAUUAGCCAUGAGCUUCUGUAUACUAGUACAAGGAGAUAAUAUGACUUUUUUGGGGGGGAAUUUUAUUUUCUCAAGUUAGGAAACAUUAUCAGGAAGGCAUCCUAUACAGUUUUUUUGUAUGACAAAAGGUCACAAAACUAAAUUUUGAGUGUUGUAGAUCUCUUUUACCAAAUAGUACAAAUUAAUUGUCCCCCUUAAACCAAGCUUUGAUGUUAGAUUUUCAAACUGCUCACCACCAGCAGCUGCAUACCGUUAAAGAUAUAAUUCACUCCCAAUCUUCUCUUGUCACCCCUUUCUCAUUUGCUUUGCCAGAAGCAUUUAACAGUCCAUCUGCUUUGCAGAAAAUUCUGUGGCAAUAGUUAACAAGGCCACAGCUAUUCCAAUAAUGUUUAUGUGUUGGGCACAAAAAAGCUUCACUUUAAGUUUCUUGGGAAAUUAAAAUAACAUCAGAAUUACAUAAAAUAAAAGACCUGAUGUACACUAAUAAUUUUAGAUUCUGUCAGUUCAGACAGCCAAUCAGCAGCUGACAACAAAAGCCAGACUUUGUCCUUGUGUUCAAUUUUUUUGCAACAUAAGCUCACACUGUAUGAUGUAAAAAUGUAUCUUAUAUUCUGAACCUUUGAGUGUGGGGGGCGGGGGGCGGGGCUUGCAUGCAUGUGUGUUUGAAUUUUCUGUGCAUGCUUGAUAAGUGAAAGUGGAUUUAUGAUGGUGUUCAUUCAAUGAACUGCAGUGAGAAUAUUGGCAGGCAUUAAGUAUUGCAUUCAUAAUGGUUUAGCUUAUUCAUUUUAUUUUGAAAUUAGUUUUGAAGUUUGAUUGCAUAAAAAAAUCUCUUUGAUCCACAGAUCAUUGGUAAGCAUGCAUCCAAUGUUUGCAUUCACUUGAAAGUUAACUUUCGUCUGUUUGAAAUGUUCUUUUUUUGCAGAAGUGUUAAAAUAAAACGCUUCAAAACAAAGCAA